CCAUCACAGCAGAUAAAGUUUUCUGAGAGAAUGGCCUUAGAAAAUGGAGAGAAAGUUGAGGUUGCAGAGGCAAAGGCAAAGGCAAAGAAGAAGGAUUGGGUUGUUUUGUCCCUCAGAGUGGUUGCGUUUUUCGCCACUGCAUCUGCAACACUUCUCAUGGCUCUCAACAAACAGACCAAAACCUUUGUAGUUGCCAACGUUGGUAGCACUCCAAUAACAGCAACUCUCGCUGCAAAGUUUAGCCAAACUCCGGCUUUUGUGUUCUUCGUCGUAGCAAAUGCAAAUGCAAGUCUGCAUAACUUGGUGAUGAUAGCAAUGGAUGUAUUAGGAGCGCAAUACGAUUACAAAGGACUCAGGCUUGUCUGCAUUGCAAUAUUAGACAUGAUGGCCAUGGCUCUUGCAUCAGCCGGUGAUGGUGCAGCAACAUUCAUGUCAGAAUUGGGAAAAAAUGGUAAUUCACAUGCAAGAUGGGAUAAGAUAUGUGACAAAUUUGAAAGGUAUUGCAACAGAAGUGGUGGUGCCCUUGUUGCUUCUUUCAUUGGCUUCAUUCUCCUCCUCGUUAUUUCACUCAUGUCCAUCAUCAAAUUGCUCAAGCCAAAUCGCAUUAACCAUGCCUCUCCAUAGGAUCAUACAACACACAUGUUUUUCUUCCUUGCAACUGCUGUUUUUGUCGCAUACAAACAUAAAUAAACGUGUUGCCUGUUCUUUUUUGUAUCC